AUGGCUUUCCCCAGCCAGCUCGUCGGCUCAAAACCACAACAUCCACUGUCCAGGCCAACCUUCCCCGACGCCGACUCACCACCAGCUGUUCCUGGCAAGGACACCUACCGAACGAAAGCUCUGCCGUCUCCGCCGCCUCGGACACCGACUAUGGCAUACUUGCCUGUCCCAGCGAGGACUGCUGAAAUUCCGUCGAAUCCUAGUCCAGAGCGAAUACAGGAGCAGGCAAGAUCAGCCCAAAACGAGCCGUUUCCUGCCUUUGAUUUUUGCUCGGACGGAGGAGCGAGCAGAGAGGAUCAGAUCGAGCGGAUUGAUGAGGAAGUGCGGAAGAGCAGCUGGGUGUUGAAUGGAGACUUGAAUCGAGCGGAUCGAUGUACCGACUCGCCGUUGGAGGAGGAGGCGAAAGAAGGCGAGGCUGCUGAGAAUUCUACGGCGAAGGAGAAGAAGACGAGGGAAAAGUGGUUCCAGGUCUGGAGGCCGAAGGCAUGA